AGUUGAUUUGGAAAAGCAGUGCUGAAGGAUUGCUCUCCUCUUUCUUUGUGAUGUCACUACUGGCAGGGCUGUUGUAAUUGCCUCGGUGGAGGUGAUGGCGUCAUUCUGUGCCCUGGUGUAGCCUCCCGUGCUCCAAAGGAGAAGGGAGAAGGAUCUGAGGCCGAGGCGAUCAUGGCUCUCGCGGCCGGGAUCGAGCAGCGCCAACCGGGACACCUCAUCCAGGAAAAUAUGGAGGCUGCGGCGGAGGAGCUGCGGGCCGGCUCCAGGAUCCCGGUGAUCAUCGAUCAAAUAGUUAACGACACGCUAGUGGUGACCCUCAGCUACCGAGAAAGGAGCUACACGGGAAUAUUGCUCGAUUCCAACAAAAAGACAGGGCUGUUUUGCCUGCCAGAUGUGGUGACAAAGCAAGAGGAGUCCCCAGCACUGAGGCCCUGCACUGACGUUCCACCCCUCCAGCCCUGCGCCGAGCCUUCCAGUCAGACAGAGCCCAGACCGAGGGACGAAAAUGCCCUUCCAGAGAAGACUCCGGCUUUUGCCCCUGCCCCUGCCCCUGCCCCCACCCCCACCCCCACACCCGCACCUUCACCUGCACCCAUACCCGCACCUGUACCCACCCCAGUGCCUGCUGGGCAAGCUCCUUACCCCCCGUAUUUUGAAGGAGCCCCCUUCCCCCAGCCCCUGUGGGUACGGCACAGCUACGGCCAGUGGGUGCCGCAGCCCCCUCCCCGGCCAAUCAAGCGCAAGAAGAGGCGGAGCCGGGAGCCCGGCCGCAUGACCAUGAGCACCAUCAGGCUCCGCCCCCGGCAGGUACUGUGCGAGAAGUGCAAGAACACCCUGAACAGCGACGAGGACAGCAAGGACGGGCCAGGCGGGCCCAAGGCCGCCAAGAAGGAGGACGGCGACGGCAAGGAGGGCAAGAGGCGGGACGAGCCCGGGGUGUACGACGCCAAGAGGUGCAAAAGGGACAAGUUCCCGGGGGAGGUGGUCCCCCACAGCCCCGUCAUCAAGAUCUCCUACAGCACACCGCAGGGCAAGGGGGAGGUGAUGAAGAUCCCCUCCCGGGUGCACGGCUCUGUCAAACCCUUCUGCCCCAAACAGCAGGCCCAGGACGCGCUGGGGGAGGCCCCGCAGGAGGAGCCGACGCCCGCCCCGGACGCUCCCGCGCUCUGCCCCGCCGUCUCCAUCCCCAAACUCAAGCUGCCGAGGCCGCCGCAGCCCGCCCAGGACAUCCCGUCCCCGAAAAUCCGACUGAAGCCGCGGGGGGCCGGGGAGGACAGCCUGUCGGUGUACGAGGCGGAGCUGGUGGGCGGGGCCAGGAGGCGGAGCCCGCGGGGGCCGGGCCCGCAGCUGCCGGGCCACUCGGAGGACUCGGCGGAGAAGAGCUCCCUGGAGCAGUCGUCCGGGAGCUCCGGGGAGGAGGGCGAUCGCCACGGCGACCUCACCCUCCUCAUCAACUUCCGCAAGCGCAAGGCGGACUCGUCCAGCCUGUCGGUGUGCAGCAGCGACAGCCUGGACGAGUCCAAGUCCUUCAGCUCGGACGGCACCUCGCCCGAGCUCUGCGACCUGGCGCCCGGCGACGACCUGUCCGUGUCCUCCUCCUCCUCUUCCUCGCGGGACGCGGGCAAGACGGUGCCGCCCCUGACCGUGCGCCUGCACACGCGCAGCAUGACCAAGUGCGUGACGGAGGAGGGCCACGCGGUCGCCGUGGGCGACGUGGUGUGGGGGAAGAUCCACGGCUUCCCGUGGUGGCCGGCGCGGGUCCUCAGCCUGGCCUGCCGGAAGGGCGAGCCGCGGGGGGCCGAGGCCUGGCCCGAGGCCACCGUGUCCUGGUUCGGCUCGCCCACCACCUCCCAGCUCUCCGCCUCCAAACUCUCGCCCUUCCGGGACUUUUUCCGCUCGCGCUUCAACCGCAAGAAGAAAGGGAUGUACCGCCGGGCCAUCGUGGAGGCCGCCAAGGCGGUGGGGCACAUGAGCCCCGAGAUCACCACGCUCCUCUCUCACUGCGAGACGUAGAGACAGAAGUUGUGAGUACACAGUCAUCUUCCACAGCGAUCCCCGAACACACGUACCUCCCCGGGGAGAGAGAGAGAGAGAGAGCACCUGUCGUUGCCAUGGUGACACCGAGGAAGAGGAUUUGGCGCCUCAGCCCCCUCCCACCCCACCACUGAUGCAGGGAGAACCGGGGGGUGGGGGCCCACAGGUGGAGCAGCGACCCGCUUAGGGAGGGCUCCCCAAAAGCGAUCCCUCCUGGAACGACUCUGAACAAUUCCUGUUUUUUUUUUUCCUCUCCAUUUCCUAUAUUUUAAUAGAGUGAAUAGCGACACUACAACGGCCGAAUGUAUUUAUUACCUACAACACUUUAGUGGAUCUUUUUACAAUCUAAGACCUUCUCACUGCUGCUGUUUUCCCGGUCGAUCCUCUGCCCCUUGUAUUUGUGACUGCCGGCCUCCACCAAUGAGCGACUGUCCCUCGUGGCCAUGUGACUGUUUGCCUCCACCAAUGAGCGAACUGAGCCGUCGUACCCAGGAAGUCAGGUUCGAUCCUUGUGCCAUCCUCCUUUUAAAGCAUAUAAAUGCAUAUAUUAUAUAUAGAUAUCUAUAUAUUACUAAUGAGAAGUCUUAUGAUACGGUUUUCACUCUUCAGAUAUGAACACGAUGUGAAGCGGCUGUCGUUUUCUCAGAUGACGCUGUAGGUCUUAUAAUAUGCAGUAUUUCUCUAUCAGACUUGCUGCUCUGUCAGACAGCUGUGUCUCUGUGCUGGUUUCCCCCCCCCCCUGAGGAACGCAGAAGUAUUACUACCCUCCCCCACCCUCUGACUUUCCCCCAGCCUGUUAGGAACACGUCCUCGGCCGGUGAGAGGUGGACCCAGCCCCAUCCCGCUUCACUUUACUUAUUUAAUGUUUCAUGAAAAGAAAGCACUUUAUCUCUACCGUAGUGGCCUGCUGCAAACCAACUAUGAGUUUCUGUGUCACGAACACUAACUGGAGUUACAGUACUGACGCGCAGACGACAACGUUAGAUGGAAUGCAGUUGAUUUUUUUUUUAAUUUCGUUUUUGUUUUUUUGUUUUUUGGAAGCAAACUUGUUUGGAAGCUGGAAGGAAAAAAAACACACUUUUCGAGGGCAAUUGUCUACACUGUAUCCGUAAACUUACCUGAACUGUACUGUGCAUUUUUUUUCCACCGAAUUCCACUGGAGAAAUCAAAAUGUUCUGUCCUAUGCAUCCCAUCCUGAUUAAAGCUUUAAAUGACUUGUUGUCAGAAUACUGUGAACUCUGGUACUGGUGUGUUCUGGGCAGGGCUGGGGAGGGGAGGGGAGGGGAGGGGGGAGGGGGCAGAGGUCAGAGGUCAGAAUAGGAGUGGUGCCCAAAGAUUUGACUGUGAGAAGUAUUGACCUUUCACGACUCCAGAGGAGCGGUUCCCAGCCCUGGUUAUGAGGACCUGCAGUUUGUGUGCGCAUUUAUAUGCUUUGCAGUCAUGCAGUUUGGCUGGCCUAUUGGAAGAUUCUGUCUGAGGUGUUUCUGAGCUGGUUUAGUUUUCAGGUAAAGAUGUCUUCGCUGUUUGUUUAUGUUCGUCAACCGCCUCCCAUACUCUGCUCUAUCUGGCCUUGGAAGCGCUCAAUUGAACCGCUAAUUAAUAUUUGUCAAUUGAGCCGACUUUGAAUGUGGAGUUCCAGGUAGUUUAACAGAACGCAAAUGAACUGAAUUUAAGUCGUUAGAGAUGCUUUGACUUGAAUGUUUGCAUCAGGGCACUGGUCCACCAUUGUAGCCCUUUCCCAAGGUCCUGGGAGCGGAGAGUAGUGGUGGUGUGGAGCCCUGAUUAGAAGGCUAACGGCUCUGUGAAGCCUCAGUGCCUAAUGAAAGGCUCUGUUUGGGAGGGCACACAUUCAGAGGCUGGGAAAGCUUGCUCUGGAGGAGAAAGGGCUACAGCUGGAGAGGUCUGAACAGGAAGUGGAGGGGGGUGAAUUUGAAGUGGGUAUUUGAAGAGUGCUAAACUGCAUGGGCCUCCACCGUCCUGCUUCCCCUCCUCCUCCUAACCGUUUCUGCCCAGCAGUGUAACACCAUUGGGUCUCCCGCGCUGGUGGUCUCACACACUAGGUCCCUCACUAGCUCCCCCUGCUGGUUGUGCAGAGGGCUUUGCAGACUUCAGGUGAUUUGCUUGUGUUAGCAACAUUGCAGCCUGCCGUGGUUUGCACUGAUGAAAUCAGUAGGCUUUUUUUUAUUUACUGUACAUACAAUAAAACAUACAAGCAAUACUCCCAA